AUGGUGCAUUGUGCACUGUGCAAGGUCCAAGUGCAACAUUGUCAUUAUCUGCUUGCAACGGUCACAAGCUCCAUACCCGCUGGUGGUGAUUUUUUACCUUGUUUGAAGGAGGACAUGGACUUGCUGAUGAAAAAUGAACUCCUACCUGUAGGUAAGGACAGUGUGCUCGCUGGAGGCAGACAAGUCUUAUGGGAGGAGGGGAUUAAAGAGAGGAAAUCAUCUAUCCUAGACGCCCUUAUUCCAAAAUCAGACCUCACAACCAAAGAUAUCUUAAGCAUCAGAUAUAUCAAAAAAAAGGGUGAAACACUCUUACAGGGAGCAUCUUUAUUACAGGACUUGCAGACUGGUUUACAAUGGAGGCUAGAUGGUGCCUUUUCAGGAUCAGUGAAGAAGUUGAGGCAGUGGUGGGAGUUGCAGAAUGACGAGACUGAUGCUACAGACCUGGAGGACAUAGAUGAAGAUUCAAUGAUGGAUACAGACGGCAGCUGGUCGCAGCAAUUGUUCUAUGCAGGACAAAAGAGACCAAACCUUGCUGUCAAAACAUCUGAAGAGAAAUGCUGGGAACACCUCUUGUGGAGUAUAUACUAUGCUAUGCGCAAUAUCAUCCGUGAGGCCACCGACGAAUACUCAGAAUCAGACUCACCAAACCCCCUUCCCUUCAACACUGUACCAGAACCACGGUACUGGUCCUCAGAAUUCUCCACCACUCCCAUUCCAGAUGCCACCGACUCGCGCAAGCCUGAUCUAGUCCUCAUGGACUAUAGGCUUAAAUCAGGCAAAAAGACCUGGGCAGACGUUCUCACCAAUAUCGAGAUCACCAAGUCAGAAUUGGUCCAAGGAAAAGACAUACCAAUAUUCUUGGGGGUCGCUAUGAAGGGUUAUCUCAUAAUUGUUCUCCCUGAUGGUGUAGAUUUUAUGCUGGAAGGAGCAAAAGGCUGGGUGAUUGACAAUGACAGUGAGGUGUACUGGAUCAUGGAUAUCUUAUGGAAGAGUCGUGGUCUAUUUUUGCGCGGGACUAUUUGUUAUUGUGUUCAAGACCAGCAUGGAUCAGAGUUUGUACUGAAGGAUUGUUGGGUUGACGCAGCAAACCUGGAUCAUGAAGUAAUGCUCCUCCAGGCAGUCGAUGGAAUUCCAAAUGUGGUCACCCUCAAAAAAUAUUGGGAUGCUCAGUACGCUGGACAAACAGACUGCACAUCAAGGAUUCGUGAACACAUUUAUUCAUCGUCGCAUGCUAUUGACCCCUUGCGGACUUCACUGACGACCUUUAAUUCCAUCCCCGAGGUAGUCAAUGUUUUCCAAGACCUUGUCAUUGCCCAUGAAGCAAUGGUCACCCAGCAGAACAUUCUACACAGUGACCUCAGUCCCAAUAAUAUAAUUAUUCACGACAGAAAGGGUUAUUUCAUUGACUUUGAUCAUGCCAAAUUCCUCGAAAAAAAUGCAGUGGUAGAUUCACGUGGUACUGGAACUGUACCAUACAUAUCCUCCCAUCUUCUAAAGCUCAUGGGAGAUAUUCUGGUUCCAUCCAUGAUCGACCACAGAGCCUCAGAUGACCUGGAGUCGCUCUUUUACAUCUUCCUCAAAUUUACUAUGACAUAUGAAGGACCUGGUGGUAAAGCGUCGACUGAGGGAGUGCAACCUGUCAAUGCCCCUAGGUGGCACAAAGCUUACCUGAUGAUGGACCAAGACGGUCUCGGGACUAGCGGAUCAUUAAAGAAAGAUUUUCUCAUGGAGAAAUGUCCGCAUUACGAACCAACACCGUACUUCCAAGUUUGCCACCCUAUCCUUGAAGAUUAG